AUGUAUUCAUGUAAUGAUGAAAAUCGAUAUCCUACAUUUCAUGUCGAGCAUUAUAUCCGGCAGCACUAUGGAAGUCGUUUUUUAUACAUUUAUCGUAAUGUCAAGAAAUAUUACUAUCGUCUGAAUGCUGUUCAACUUGACAUCGUAUUUUUAAAAACAUGUCGUUCGAAGGAUAUUAUUCCAUCAUUCUUAUGGUUUAAAACUGCGAACGAUCAUCUAUCGUCUUCACCAGUAUAUAAAGCUUGUCAACGUAAGCUUCUGAAUGUCGAAAUCGAUGGAAAACGUAAAAAAUUAAAUGAAUUAAAAGAAUUAUAUGAAUCCUCGCUUGAUGAAAUUCGUGAAUUGUCACCUGCUGAUUUUUUCGAACAUCUUUAUCAAAUUAUUAUAUUGGACUGCGCACGUUUAUUAGAAGAAAAACAAAGAACAUUAAAUAAAAAAUUAUUAUCGUUGAGUCCUGUUAAUAACUCAGCUCGCUUUUAUAAUCCAAAAGUUGUAACUAAUCUUUCAUCACGUGUACUAUCAAAUGAAGAACUUAUUUGUCUCGCCAAUGGAUUGGAUUACUCUUUACCACCUAAAUCCAUUAGUUCUAUGAAUGUUGCAAGUAAUGUAGAAACAUUUUUUCAUCGUAUUACUGAUGUUUAUGAACAUCAGAAGAAAUUCAUGAAUGAACACCAGGACAAUGAAGUCAUUGUUAAAAGCGAUCUACGUGUUUUGAACACAAAAGAGCUAACUUUGGCUAGUGAUUUAAGUUCCUUAACUAAAUCGUUUCUACAAAAAGCCGACCGACACCAAAUACAAAAAAAUAAAUUUAAUUUCGAACAAAAAAAUUAUCGUAAACUAAUGCAAGAAUUAAAAAAUGAUACGUCAAUAAUUGCUACUCGUCCAGAUAAGGGAAAAGGAGUUGUUUUGAUGGACAAACAAGAAUACGUAAACAAGAUGCAUUCUAUUCUCAAUGACUCAUCUAAAUUUGCUUCUCUAUCUGAAGAUCCUACAGUAACACGAGAGAAUAGCUUGAUAUCUUUAUUACGUAAAUUACACGACCAAGGACAUAUUACCAAUCAAUUUUAUUAUCGUGCACGACCUACUGGAUCUAAACCUCGACGACUUUAUGGACUGCCAAAAAUUCAUAAACAACCUGUAUCACUUCGGCCAGUUCUCUCGUCAAUAGGAACAUUUAAUUAUCGACUUGGGAAGGUUCUUACUCAAAUGUUAUCGGAUCUAAUUGACAAGAAAAGGUUGAUUCGCGAUUCGUUUUCUUUUGUUAAAGAUCUGCAUACAUUAGAUGAUCCUCUCUCAACGUAUAAAAUGGUAUCAUUCGAUAUUGUUAGUUUAUAUACAAAUGUAUCUGUUGAUGAAACAAUUAACAUUAUUCUCAAAGAAUUAUAUGAAACUCGUCCUGUACCACCUACUAUUGAACGGAACGAUUUGAAGAAGCUCCUGACCUUUGCUACGACAAAAUCUCAUUUUCUCUUUGACGGAAAAAUUUACGAUCAAAUAGACGGAGUAUCAAUGGGCUCUCCAUUAGCUCCUCUAGUUGCUGAAAUUUUUCUUCAAGAAUUUGAGAAAAAAAAUUCAUCAGUAUUCGAAAAGUUGGGCAUCAUUUACUGGAAACGAUAUGUUGAUGAUACCUUUGUAUUACUGAACCCGGAAUUUUGUGCAGAAAAAGUUUGUACUGAACUUUCAAAAUUACACCCUUCUGUUAAGUUCACUUCUCAGGAGGAAGAUGCAGUUACACACAAACUAUCAUUUCUUGAUGUUCGCAUUCAACGACAAGAAGGUAAAGGUUUUCAAACUAGAAUCUACAGAAAACCGAGCUUCACUGGUCUUAUAACAAAAUGGAAUAGCUUUGUUCCGAAGACUUAUAAAUAUAAUUCUAUCUCUACUAUGGUAUUCCGAGCUAUUCAAAUAUGUUCAUCUUAUAAGGCUCUUCAUGCAGAAUUACAAAUUAUUCGAAAAAUAUCGAAGAAGAAUGGCUACCCUACUAAUUUUGUGGAGUCAAUUAUUAAACGGCAACUGAAUAUUAAAUAUGUGCCACCUAUUCCUAGACCAACAACUCUAAGUACUGAUACGGUAGUACUUAAAAUACCGUAUUUAGGAAAAGAAUCUCAAGUCUAUGGAAAGCUUGUUACGUCUUCAGUUGCUAAACAAUAUCCACUUAAAAAAGUACGGGUUGUCUAUGAUGUAUCAGACCGUAUAGGACGUAAUUUUAUCAUCAAGGAUGCUGUACCAGAUGACUUGAAAUCCGGUGUUGUUUAUGAGGCAACUUGCUCUCAAUGUAAUAAUUCAUAUAUAGGGCAAACUUAUCGGUAUUUAAAAACACGUAUUAAUGAACAUCUGUCCGAUCAAAAAAAAUUCUUGCCUAUAACUUUAAAAAUGCCAAAAUUAAAUAAAAAGAAAAAAAAAGUUUCUCAAAAUCCAGUUCCUUUAUAUACUGGUCCAAUAACACGAUGA